UUCAUCUUUCCCCUGUGCUGCAAAUGCAGCCUCUGUCCUGCCCUGCCCCCCCCAACCGAAAACUGUGCCCUGAAAUCCCCGGGGCUCCCCGUGCCCCGGCACCCUCAGCCCUAUCUCGGCACCCGGCAUCGGUGUCCCAGAUGGUUCCUCCUUCGGCAGAGAUAACGCCACGGUUUCGUCACCACGGUGGGGGUGGAGAGGCCGGAGGGGGAGCCAAGCCCCAUCUCCUCCUUGCCGCACACCAGCGCCCAAAUAAACAACUUGACCCGCGGGCUGAGUCGGCUGGGCUGUGCGGGGUCUGGCAUGGAGACCCCCCGUCACCCCCUGCCCCCCGGGGCCGGGAGGGGGGAGGCGGGCAGCGGGGGCUGCCAGCGGUGUCCGUACCGGGCGGCAGGGAAGAGGCUGGGCACCUCCGAUGGGAUCCUGCAGGAAGGUGCGGAGAGCAGCCGUCGCCAGCUCCUCAUCGAGGCCUUCGUCUCGGAGGGCAGGGUGGACAACAUCACCAUGGUCAUGGGGCUGCACCCCCAGUAUCUCAGCAGCUUUUGGAAGACCCAGUACCUCCUGCUGCGCAUGGACGGGCCCCUGCCCUACCACAAGCGCCACUACAUCGCCAUCAUGGCAGCAGCCCGGCACCAGUGCUCCUACCUGGUGGGCUUGCACAUAGGGGAGUUCCUGCAGGUGGGGGGCAACCCGGCAUGGCUGCAGGGGCUGCACUGUGCCCCCCAAAAACUCAGGAACCUCAAUGAGAUCAACAAACUGCUGGCGCACCGGCCCUGGCUCAUCACCAAGGAGCACAUCGAGGCUCUGCUGAAGACGGGGGAGAACAGCUGGUCACUGGCGGAGCUGGUGCAAGCCCUGGUGCUCCUCACCCACUACCACUCGCUCGCCUCCUUCGUCUUCGGCUGCGGCAUCAACCCUGAGGAGGAGCAGGAUGGGGGGCAUGGCUGCCGGCCCCCCUCACCCCACAGCGACAGCAGCCCUGCCUCUGAUGACAACACGGGGGGCUCUGCGGGCAGAGAUGCCAUGCAGGAGGUGGAGGUGCUGAUGGAGAGGCUGAAGCUGCUGCAGGAAAGCCAACUGGAGGAGGAGGGUGUCACGCAGGAGGAGAUGGCAACGCGCUUUGAGCUGGAGAAGACGGAGAGUUUGCUGGUCGCUCCCUCGGAUAUUGCGGAUCACUCCCCGCAGUCCAACGUCCUCUGCUUCGUGGAGGACCCCGAGUUCGGCUACAAGGACUUCACGCGGAGGGGCGAGCAGGCGCCCCCCACUUUCCGUGCGCAGGAUUACACCUGGGAGGACCACGGCUACUCGCUGAUCAACCGCCUCUACCCCGACGUGGGGCAGCUCCUGGAUGAGAAGUUCCAGGUCGUCUACAACCUGACGUACAACACCAUCGCCAUGCACUGCGGCGUGGACACGUCCAUGCUGCGCAGGGCCAUCUGGAAUUACGUCCACUGUGUUUUUGGCAUCCGCUAUGACGACUACGACUACGGGGAGGUGAACCAGCUCCUGGAGCGCAGCUUGAAGAUCUACAUCAAGACGGUGGCUUGCUACCCGGAGAAGACAACCAAGCGGAUGUACACGCAGUUCUGGAGACACUUCAAGCACUCGGAGAAGGUGCACAUCAACCUGCUCUUGCUGGAGGCUCGGAUGCAGGCAGCUCUGCUCUACGCCCUGAGAGCCGUCACCCGCUACAUGACCUGACUGGCUGCUGCUCCCUCCUCCUCCUCCUCCUGCCACAGGUUUGGGGGAAAGGCCAGGGGAGAGCUGGUGCCCUAAAGACUCUGCUGGAAUAUUGUUUCCCUGCUUAAGGGGCCUGGAGCUGUGGAAGGAAAGGGGGGGGCUUCCCUGCCCCCCGUCCCAGGAGAGGGGACCCCCAAGAAGCCGUCAGUGCCGGGAAGACCCUGGAGUGCUCCCCUGGGUUUGGCAGAGCUGGGGGGGGGGGCUCGGCUGCUCUGUGCCUUUUUCGGGGGUGAGCCCGAACGAAGCCAAAUGGGGAUGCCCCCGGGUACCGCCUUCGCCACGCGGUGCUGGCGUUACACCUCUGUGCCACGUCCUGGCACCCAGACUGCCGCCGCGGAGGGGCUGUCCCUGUGCCAGAGACCACCGGAGCGUAUCGUGGGCUUUGCCCCUGCUCUGUGGGUCUGGUGCUGGAAGGUGCCGGUGGGGACGCCGCUCUGCCACCCCCUCCCCACGUCUCUGGCUCGCACCCGAGGAGGGUGCUGGAGGAGUGGUGGGAAGGAUCCGGCCAUCCUGUCACCCAGUCGGGCAGCCCCCCAGCUGAGUGUGCGUCCCAUCCCGUCCCCCCUCCGUGCUGGGGUCCGAAGGGCGGGGGAAAGGCUGCGGUUCCUGCCUGGCCUGGGUGUUUCUGCCACCUUCGAUGCCUGCGGUGACAUGGGGACACCCCCUCCGUGCCUGGGGGUGCACACAGCCCCUCGCCGCUCCUCCUCGUGGCCCCUGCCACAGCCGGACCCCAACCCAGCCCCCCACGACUGGGGAUGGGAAGUGCCUGGGUCCCGCGGCAGGAGCAGGGCGAGGGUAGGAGUGCCUGCCGUGUGGUUUAUGCCUUUUUUUUUUUUUUUUAAUAUCAUUUUUCAGCCACUGGCCCAUCUCUGCUGCCUUGACCUUUGUGGCUGCCCCCCCUGCGUGCUGUGAGAGGGACGGGGCUGGGUGGGGGGGUGGCCGUGGCUUUACCCAAAUGUGCCAGAGCAUUUCCUAGUGGUGCGGGUCGCCGCGGAGGUGCCUGUUCGGGAGAGCCCCCCGCUCCCGAUUCUGCUGGAGCGUGGGUCUGGGUCCAGCAGCAUUGCCUGCUGCUCAGCCCCUCUUGGUUUGUCUCUGCUGAACCGUAGCUCAAGUUAAGUUAUUUCUAUAUUUUUUGGGGUGUAUGUGAUUGGGCAUGGAAAUGCCACUGACUUUACUACAGAUCUUGUUUGAAAAAAAAAAAAAAAAUAAAAUGUUUCCUUUUC